AUGGGAAUAACAAAGCAUGUUGAUGUUGAUUUCAUCACAGUGCUUCUACAAAACCAAAUUGGUGGCCUCCAAGUUCUUCAUGAGGACAUGUGGAUUGAUUUGCCCCCUUUACCUGAGGCUCUUGUUGUUAACAUCGGUGAUUUUUUGCAGUUUUUAACACUGAUGAACAUGACUGAUUUAGAAUUUGUUGAACACCAGCUUCUCUCAAAUGAGAAAUUCAAGAGCGCUCAACAUAGAGUACUUGUGAACCGUGUUAGUCCAAGAGCUUUUGUUGCAUGUUUUUUCACCACAAGUUCUCAUUCGAAUGCAAGGAUUUAUGGUCCCAUCAAGGAGUUAUUAUCAGAAGAAAAUCCUGCAAAAUACAGAGAAUUUUCGGUUCCAGAGUUUUUAGCCCACUACCGUAAAUGUGCGAAUCAAAUUCCUCCUAUGUUGCAUUUUAGGAUUUGA